CCCAUCUCUGGGGGAAACAGAGAAUGUCCUGGCCGUAUCCAGCGAGCUGCCAGCUCAGCAGUGGAGCACAGCACGGGCUCACGCUCCCCAUUGCUCCCACAGAAGCACUUGGCAAGUCAGAUGCAGAUGCUGAGAAUCCACCGAGCACCCCAAGAGUUUACUGCCCCCAGGAUGUGCGCAGGACCUGCAUGAUAGGCACAGUAGUGACACUGUUCACUGUGCCACUUGCCAUGGUCCUGUGCUAUGUCGGGUUCCGGUGGUGGAAGGGAAGAAAACAUCGCCCUGCUGCAGCUCCAGCACCCUGGCCAAGAAGGCGCCACUCUCCGUCGCCCCCAGGGAGCCCAAGGACCGUCCGGUUUGACAGCUCUCAGACAUGGCCUCAGCGGCAGCAGUCACCCAGGAAGGCAGAACACCAGCCCUCCGUGCCUCCCCCACGGCCCCCCAGCCCAGCUAUGAAGCGGAAGCCCCCCGAGAUCCCCCCACCUCCUCCCCUGCCGAGCCGGCCGCCCUGGUCCAGCUAG